UUAGCUCUUGCAACAAUGAGAAAUGAUGGACUGCAGCUGUUGCUUGCUUUUACUGUUUUAGUGACUCUCAGCGACUCUAAAACAAAGAAAAUUAGUUUGGAAAGUAUUUUAUGGGGUCCAGGAUUGGAGAACAAAGCAGUACUUCCUGUCAGGUUUUUCUAUCUGCAAGCAGUCAGCAAGAAGGGCAAAAACUUUACAUCCUCUCCAGGAAUCGACUCAUUUACUGUUCACAUCCAUGGUGGCCCAUCCAACAAUGAGCGAAUCCGAGUGCAUCUAAACAAACUUGAUAGACAAGAUGGCACAUUCAUCAUUCGCUACCGUCUCUACCGCACUUACCCAUUACUUCACAUUGACGUAACUAAUAUUGAUGGGUCACAUGUAGGCAGAUCUCCCUACGUACUUCGUGGUUCUGUCCGUCAUGAGCAGUGCUUCUGUCCAGAGAUGGAUGUGAAGAAAUGGCAGCACAAUAUGCAAUGUCCUGAGCAGGAACUGCAGGUGAACAGGAACUUGGAGAUGUUUAGGAAGAAGAAAAUGAGAUGGACAGAUGUUGUGCCAGCCAUAUUGGAGAGGUUUCCUCGUGGAAAUUUUGCUCAUUAUGCUGUGAUUGGGAAUAAGGUGUAUCAAAUGACCCAUGGAUCGAUAGUGGGAUUUAAGAUGUUUAGUGAGGCUAUUAUGUUGUCUAUGGCUAGGAAGGUUCGAUUGCCUGACAUGGAGCUGCUCAUCAAUCUUGGUGACUAUCCACAAGAGACUUUCAGUCCCAAUUCUUUGCCUGUUAUUUCAUGGUGCGGCUCUGAAGAGAAUGCUGAUAUUGUCUUACCCACUUACGACGUGACCGAAUCAACACUUGAAACACUAGGAAGAGUGACACUUGACAUGAUGUCUGUACAAGGCAACACAGGUCCUCAUUGGAAAGACAAGAUUUCAAAAGGGUUCUGGCGUGGAAGAGACAGCAGGCAGGAGAGAUUGGAUUUUGUUGUUAUGGCGAGAGCUAAUCCAGACUUGUUUGAUGCUGCACUCACCAACUUUUUCUUUUUUCCAUCAGAUGAUGAAAAGUAUGGACCUAAAGUAAAGCACAUCUCUUUCUUUGAUUUCUUUAAGUUUAAGUAUCAGAUCAAUAUUGAUGGCACGGUUGCUGCGUAUCGUCUGCCGUACCUUCUGGGUGGCGACUCUCUCGUGUUCAAACAAGACUCUCCUUACUAUGAACACUUCUACCACGAGUUGGAGCCUUGGGAACACUACAUCCCAUUCAAUCGUAAUCUUAGUGAUUUGAUAGAGAAAGUGCAGUGGGCAAUAGACCAUGAUGAUGAAGCUCAUCAAAUUGCAAGGAAUGGACAGGCUUUUGCAAGAGAGAGGCUGAUGCCAGAUAAGAUAUUUUGUUAUAUCCAGAAAGUGUUUGAGGAAUACGCCAAACUGUUUACUGACAAGCCAAAAAUCCACGAAGGCAUGGAGCUAUUAGAACAGCCAUCUGAGUGUGAAUGCUCGAGCAAAAUUCAUGAUGAGUUAUGAUGUCACAGAAUCUACGAUCAACAAAUAACUGUCAUACGAUUUUAGAAGCAGCAAGACAUCUGCUUGAAAUUAGCCAUUUAUUAAUGUGAGAUUAUUUGUUCCAGC